GUAGACACGAGGUAAAAGCACGUGUUGUCAUACAAGUGAUCUUAUUGUUAAUUAUAAAUAAAUAUAUAAAUAAUUAAGUAAAUAAUGACUAAAAUACGUAAAGUAAAGCGUAGACAAAGAUACAAAGUUGAUGUAAACCGUAAAAGAUUGCGAAAUAAAUUACGUAAAAAACCAAGUAUUCAAUGCGAGCAGAUAAAAAAUGCAUGGGAAGAUACAAAAUCAACGCGUCGUAAUUUAUCACAAAUGGGUUUAGCCUACGACGCAAAUAAAGUAUUAAAACUACCCAGUAAUAAAAAAACUAUUCUUCAGAGUGUUAAAAAAUUAUCAACAAAUUCAAGUGAAGAUGAGGAAGAAGAAGCAGAAGUAGAAAAAGUAGGAAAUAAAAAAAUUCCUAAAAAAAUCCACGUUGCAUUGGAAUUAGAAGCUGAAGCACGAGCACCGCGUGUACGUUUAUUUCGUUUGCCGCAAAAUCAAGUUAAUUUUCUUACUUAUUUAAUGGACAAGUAUGCAGACGACUACGAAGCAAUGGCGCGUGACAAAAAAAAUUAUUAUCAAUUAACUUGGAAGCAGAUAAGAGGAAAAAUAAACGUUUUUAAAGGAAUUCCUGAACAGUAUGCUGAGUAUUUGGUUAAAAAGGGUGAAAUUGUUCUCGAUGAUCCAGAACCCUUAGAAAUCACCAAGAAAAAAAUAGCUGAGGAUAAUUUUAAAAAAUUUAAUACGCCUCAGCCUGGAAGUAAGAGACAGUUGAAGAAAGAGAGGAAGCAGAUGAAGGAAAAAGUCGGUUGGAUUGAAGAGAAUGUUGAUAAUGAUCAUGAUAGUAAUGAUGAAUUUAAUUAUGCUGGUGCUGAUAAAUUGGAAGAUGUUGAGGGUAAAACAGAGGGUGGUAAAAAAAUUAAACUAUUUUCUGAUGAUGAGGAUGAAGAUGAGGAAGAGGAAGAGGCGAAGCCGAAGAAGAUGAGGAAAGAAAAGAAAAUUAUUGAAGAGGUUCUGAGUGAUGACAGUACGGAUGCUGAUUUGGAGGAUGAUGAUGAUGAUGAUGGUGGGGAAUUUAAGAACUUGAGUGAUUUGAGUGACGAAGAGAUAUCGGAAGAUGAUCUAGAAUUUUCUAGCGAUUCUGAUGAAUGAAUAUUUAAAUUCGUAAUAAAUUUGUAAUUAUAAAUUUAAUAAAUAUUUUUUUUUAAUAUGAA